GGGCUGGAGAGGCAGCAAAAAGCAGAUGUGGCUGCGCUGAGCCUGCACUGUCCCCGGCUCACACUCACUGGGAUCCUGCGGCAGUGGCGGCCGAGAGGAGCCCAAGGUAAGGGGCAGCGGAGGCUGCGUGUGCUGCCCACCUCGGCAGCCAGCAGCCAAGGAAGCAGAGGGCACAAGGAUGAGGCUGGGGGCUUCUGGGUGGGUCCUGGGGCACAGGCGUCAAACAGCGGCACUCCCACCAGGUGAGCAGCAUCACCAAAGGUUGGGAGGCAGCAGCAUCCUUGGGCACCGCUGUGCUUCUAGAGCAGAGCUGUGCUCAGGGAGUGGGACUCCUUUUCUCCUCCCUUUUCUGCCCUGCCAGUACCUGUGCUGCAGCUGGGAAGAGGCUUUUUCUUUUUGCAAAGGUGACAGUUUUGGUGGGAGUCAAAUCCUCUAGAUCUAACAGUUGCACGAUGCUUCAGAAGCGGUCAGUGCUGAGGGGUGGAGCGAUCCCAGAGAGCAGUCUGAACUCACCAGCGCUGUUUCAUAGGACCCCUAAAAUCAGAAGUAUUUGUAAAUGAUUUAAGACUUGCAUCACUAUAGAAGGAAAGCAAACCAUUUCACUCAGUGCCUGCAGGCCUUCACAGAUAGACAACUCCCGGCACAAAGUUCCUCCUCAGCUCAUUUAUCAACUCUUUCUUUCUGUAUCUUUCUUACUGUAACAUCACACUCUGCAUGCUGUUGCUCCUUCUCUUCUUUCUAAAGGCAGCUACAGAUUUCAAUAGCACUCCUGAAACCAUCCCACCUUUGCUCCACCAAAUUCUUCCCUCUCGCAUUUCUGGCCGCGUGCUAAAGGACGUGCAAAUAGAAUCCAGAUGUUCAGACCAAUACAAGAGCAAAAAGGCUUUGUCUUUCUAAAAUGGAAAUUGUUUUUUUGGCAAACUUUGAGAAAUGUGAAGCUGGCGACAGCACUGGCAAAAACAAUACAAAUCUGCAGAACCAAUCUCCGCUGCUGUGCUCCCAGGAGCUCGGUAUGGUUGGAAGGAGGGAUUGUGUUGAGCUUUUUCUUUUUCAAGAGAAAAGGUUACCGUCAAUGGAAAACCUUCAUCUCCAGACUGGACUGUGCCAAACCUCUUCUGCUCAGCAUGCGAGAACUGCUUGCUGCAGGCAUCCUCACCGAGCCCUGCCUGUGACCUGCUCUUAGAUGCACACAGAGCUUCUCUGUUUCAGCACGGUGCCUGUUCAUUUUAGAGCUCUGCAACAAUACAAGCAAUCCCAGCACUGUACCCACUAUCAUAGCACCAAACGCGUUGGUUUCUUCCAGCAUAGUAAAUCCUCUUGAUAGAGUUGCAUUUCCUGCACCAGAAAAAUCUCAUCUGCUCGACGGCUGGUAUAGCAAGAAGCCACAAGGUACAAGAGCACAGGGAGAAGAAAGUACUACCUCUAUGUUACACUGCCUAAACAUAUGUGAAAACUUAUGACCUCCACUGUGAUACGGCUUUCUCCAAGGCAGAACUACCUCCAGAAGAAAAGGGUUUUGGCAAGAAAGAGCAGCAGUGAACUGCCUUUCACUGAAGGAAAGCCUCAGCCUGAGCACACCAGGUCCUGACCCGUGGCUGUUGUAGCCACGUGGCUUUAAGUUGUAUUUCUACUAGUAGGCGUAUUUCCUUUAUAGCUGCAGUUAAUCUGAAACACAUGUUCUUUCUGCUGCUUCGCUGGAUGCCUGGAUCACAGGGAUCUGGCUGGAAGAGUCACAGAUGCCAACAGCGGAGUGAUUAAAAGUGGAUUCUACAGAAGGAACAAGCUUAACAGCUUUGGAUAGGUUCAGGCAUGCAGAUUCCAGCGGUUCUCCUUCUCCUGGGUCUUCUAACCAUCCCAAGUAAAUCCCAGAACUCACCUGCUGGGCAGAACUCUCCAACCACUGAUGGAACUGUCGGUGAGGUUGAAGAGGAAGAUCCAUUCUAUAAGACCCCUAUAAACAAGCUGGCAGCUGCAGUCUCCAACUUUGGCUAUGACCUGUACCGCCAGCAAUCCAGCCGGACAGCCACUGCCAACGUGCUGCUGUCUCCAUUCAGCCUGGCUACUGCUCUUUCUGGUCUCUCACUCGGGGCUGGAGAACGAACAGAAGAUGUGAUUUCUCGUGCCCUCUUCUAUGAUCUACUUAACAAAGCUGAGGUCCACAACACCUACAAGGACCUACUGGCCAGUGUGACUGGGCCAGAGAAGAGCUUGAAAAGUGCCUCCCGCAUCAUCGUGGAGAAAAGACUGAGAGUGAAAUCUACUUUCCACAGCCAACUAGAGAAGUCCUACAGAAUGCGUCUGAGGGCGCUAAGUGGCAAUACCCAGUUGGACCUCCAGGAAAUCAACAACUGGGUACGGCAGCAGACAAGGGGAAGGAUUCUGCGGUUCAUGAAAGACAUGCCCACAGAUGUCAGUAUUCUCCUUGCUGGGGCUGCUUACUUCAAGGGGACUUGGAAAACCAAGUUUGACACCAAGAGGACUGUCCUGAAGGACUUCCAUCUGGAUGAGGACAGAACUGUGCAAGUGUCCAUGAUGUCAGACCCCAAAGCCAUACUGCGAUAUGGUUUUGACUCAGAGCUCAACUGCAAGAUUGCCCAGCUGCCAUUGACAGAAGGAGUCAGCGCCAUGUUCUUCCUGCCUACGAAGGUGACCCAGAAUAUGACUCUGAUCGAGGAAAGCCUCACUUCUGAGUUUGUUCAUGAUGUAGACAGGGAGCUGAAGACAGUGCAUGCUGUACUAAGCUUGCCCAAACUGAAGCUGAACUACGAAGAGGCACUUGGCAACACUGUAAAGGAGACAAGGCUCCAGUCACUUUUCACAUCACCUGACUUUACUAAGAUUUCUGCCAAACCUAUUAAGCUAUCUCAUGUGCAACACAAGGCAAUUCUGGAGCUUAGUGAAGAUGGGGAAAAAUCCACACCAAAUCCUGGAGUGAAUGCUGCUCGUCUGACCUUCCCCAUAGAGUAUCAUGUGGACAGACCAUUUCUUCUUGUGCUGCGAGAUGAUACCACUGGAACCCUCCUCUUCAUUGGCAAAAUCCUGGACCCCAGAAGUGUUUAGAUUCCUUCACAGUAAUCUGCAGUGGUAGUGCUCGAGUGGAAAGGAUGGUACUGGGAGAGAUACUGACUCCCUGCUCUGCUGCACAAAGACACAACUUGCAAAUCUUAUGCCUUUAUGCUGCAAUAAAAGAGCUUUUGCUAUUACUCUCCACAA